AUGGCGGAUAAACAGAAGUUUGGCUAUGAACAAACUCUAUUAUAUGGACGAUAUUCUAGAGAGUUGGGUUCAUUUGCCAAGUUCCAGGCUAAGAGAUUAAAGAAAGAAGCCAAACAACAAAUAGAUAAUAAACCACCCACUGGAAUAUGGAAAUUUUUAGCUGGAUGUGCCAGAGUGAGGGACUUUGUGUUCUCCAAGGUUGGAGAAGACUGGAUAUUUCUGGCUAUAUUAGGCGUAUUGAUGGCUUUACUUAGUUUUACUAUGGAUUUUAUAAUAGAGAAAUGCCAGGAAGCUAAGUUUUGGUUGUAUCAAGAAUUAUCAUUUUCUGUGACACUCCAGUAUUUUGCCUGGAUGUCCUACUCUAUACUGUUUAUAUUAUUUGCUACUGGCUUUACACAUCUAGUUUCACCACAAGCUAUAGGGUCUGGUAUACCAGAAAUGAAGACUAUAUUACGUGGUGUGAUUUUAAAAGAAUAUUUAACAUUCCGAACCCUGGUGGCUAAAAUUGUCGGAUUAUGUGCAUCAUUGGGAAGUACAUUACCUUUGGGGAAAGAGGGUCCAUUUGUACAUAUAGCUAGUAUUGUAGCAACUUUACUAAGUAAACUAGUAACUUCAUUCCGUGGUAUAUAUGAGAAUGAAUCAAGGCGGUGUGAGAUGCUGGCCGCAGCCUGUGCUGUUGGGGUGGCAGGAACAUUUGCUGCACCAAUUGGUGGUGUACUAUUCAGUAUUGAAGUAACUGCCACUUAUUUUGCUGUGAGAAAUUAUUGGAGAGGAUUUUUCUCUGCUGUUUGUGGAGCCUUAGUGUUCAGAUUACUGGCUUUAUGGUUUAAAGAUGAAGAAACCAUUACAGCUUUAUUUAAAACAAGUUUACGUUCAGAAUUUCCCUUUGAUGCCUUAGAAUUAAUUGCUUUUGCUGCUAUUGGUAUAGCGUGUGGGUUUGGUGGAGCACUGUUUAUAGUAACACAUAGAAAAGUUGUUUUAUUUACUCGAAAAAGAAAAAGAUUAUCUUCAUUUUUACAAAAAAAUCGUUUUAUAUAUCCUGGUUUUAUAGCCUUGUUAAUAUCAACUUUAACAUUCCCGCCUGGUCUCGGACAAUUCUUUGCUGGUCAGCUUACAGGACGACAAGCUGUGAAUGAGUUAUUCAGUAAUAUAACAUGGACUACAGGACAAGCUGAUGAUCUUGAUGAUGAAGCUAUCUUAAGUCACUGGCAUCAUCCACUUACCAACAUGUACGUGACACUGGUCUUCUUUAUUAUAAUGACUUUUAUAAAUGGAGUAUUAGCCAACACUCUACCAAUUCCAGCUGGUAUCUUUGUACCUGUUUUUACUGUGGGUGCAGCAUUCGGUAGAUUAGUAGGUGAAAGUAUGGCUGCCUGGUUUCCUGCUGGUAUAAGAUCAGGAGAUAUUGUGAGAAAAAUAGUACCUGGUGGCUACGCUGUAGUAGGAGCAGCCUCAUUAUCUGGCAGUGUUACUAGAACUAUAUCAACAUCUGUUAUAGUGUUUGAACUUACUGGACAAAUAAAUCAUGUCCUACCAGCUGUGAUAUCAGUACUAAUAGCCAAUGCUGUAGCUAAUAAACUACAACCAUCAUUUUAUGAUUCCAUUAUUCAAUUGAAAAAACUUCCAUAUUUACCAGAUAUUGUCUCAACUAAGGCAGACACAUGGAAUGUGUUUGUAGAAGAUUUUAUGGUGAAAGAUGUUCAUUUUAUUAGUUUUAAUUUUUCCUAUGGUGAACUACACGAUUUAUUGAUGGCCACAUAUUUUAAAGCUUAUCCCUUGGUGGAUUCUGCAGAAUCCAUGAUUUUAUUAGGUUCAGUACAACGCUAUGAGUUAGAGAGAAUUUUAUGGUUACAUUUAAGCCAUGAUAGAAAAAUAAUACCUAUGGAAAUGAGUGAUGAUGAUUCACCCCCACCCCCAUCAGGUCGUUCCUCGCCCCUAGAGUUCAGUCCCCCUGUCACUAUUAUUGAAGAGGAUGUGACCGAUACGUCAGCAGGAGUUCGUCCCAGAUUUAUGGUCACCAAAGUUGACGAGGAAAACAACGAUGAAGUAGAUUCAAAACCAGAGAAGAAAGAAAAUAAAAUGCAAUUUUUACAAGUGCCUUCUGCAAAUUUUGUAAAUGAAACCCAAUCAGAUACAUAUAAUACAAUUCAUGGUCCAGUUAGAUCUAUAUUGAAAAAAUCAUCUUCAGAUGAUAAUAUGUUAAAACGUAGAGCCAGUACUGGAGAUUUAAAAGCUGCAAUGGAUUUAGAUGUAUAUUAUAGAAAAUUAUCAAAAACUCGUAAGGAGAGUAUACUAGAAGAUAAACCAUUCAUUAUCAAAAAAGGCAGUUUAGCAAGUUUAUGUAAAAAAGUUAGAUUGCCACAAGAACCAACACGAGUCAAACAUUUAACAAAAGAUGAGCAAGAUAGAUGGGAAUUUGAUCAACUGUUAGUUCCUAUACAAUGGGAAGGUGUUCAGAUUGAUCCAGCACCAUUCCAGUUAGUAGAAAGAACCUCAUUACAUAAGGUUCAUUCACUGUUUUCUCUACUGGGAUUAAAUCAUACGUAUGUUACCAAUACUGGUAGAUUGAUGGGAGUAGUGGGGGUGAAAGAGCUUCGAGCUGCAGUUCAAGGUCAUCUGGAAGACCAAGGAAAGAGUAAACAAACAACAACAGAAGAAGAACUUGAUUCUGAUGAGGAUAUUGGUGACCCAGCUGAGCUAGAGGUCGUUCAGCCUCGUCCAAGAGAUGAUUUUACUCUCGUAGAUACCACGAAACAUCCUGAUCCUGAAAGUGCUGCAUGA